AACGACGCUCACGCCGUCGAAGAGGGCGUUCCUUCUAGUCAGCCAUUCACACAUUUUUCACUUUUCCACGGCGGAAGAAAACUAAACUCUAACGGGAAGGGGAGAAUAUACUCUUUUUUAGAGUCAGUGCGCGGGGGUACCGGUUAGUUGAGAUGGCCAAUGAGGCGAAGCCUUGUCCAUGUGACAUGGGAUACAUGAUGGAGUAUGGAGGUGUUGGCCAGGAGGUCCAGAUAGAACACAUCAAGGCCUACCUGGUCAAGCCUCCCUCUGAUUUAGACAAGGCUGUCAUCAUCAUCCAGGACAUCUAUGGCUGGCAGCUACCCAACACCAGAUAUAUGGCUGACAUGCUGGCCUCCAAUGGAUACAUUGCAGUGUGUCCUGACUUCUACGUUGGAAAGGAGCCAUGGAGUCCAUCACAAGAUUGGUCCACCUUUCAGCAGUGGCUGGAGGACAAGAAGCCCACCAAUAUCAACAAGGAGGUGGACGCCGUCCUGAGGUUUCUGAAGAGCCAGUGUGGGGCCCUGCGUAUUGGGGCAGUGGGCUUCUGUUGGGGGGGGGUGGCCACCCACUACCUGGCUCUGCAGUACCCUGAGGUCAGGGCAGGGGUAUCUGUCUAUGGAAUCAUCAGAGAGAGGGAGGACAGGUAUGAACUGAAGAGCCCGACACUGUUUAUCUUCGGAGAGAAGGAUGACGUCAUCCCACUGGACCAGGUGAGUGUCCUGGAGAAGAACCUGCAGGAGAAGUGUACAGGUGUAGACUACCAUGUGAAGGUCUUCCCAGGUCAGACUCAUGGCUUUGUUCACCGGAAGAGAGAGGACAUCAACACCACAGACCAGCCCUGCAUCCAGGAGGCCAGGACAGACAUACUCAACUGGUUGCAGAAAUACAUGUAGAAUAUCUACAGUGCAGUUGUCAAUCAUCUGCCGUCCAUGGUAGAGUGAACAGAAAGGAUAAAAACACAAAUCCAAUUUCACUACACCACUAACCUUAUUAAAAAGAAAUAGCUAUUGUGAUUGAUCAUCAGUUCUGAGGUCAUUUCCACAUAUGUCCUUUCUGAAUAGCAGCCUAUCUGGUGAUUAUCAUGUCCUUGAUUUAUCAUGAUCAAAUUAAAGCUGACGGGGUGUUUUAAUGUGGAAUCUGUUGUUGCCAUAUUUGUAGUAGACUUUAGUUUUGUACCUUUUUCUUGCAGUACAUUGUACACAUCUCUUCCUUGAAUACAUGAUCUCUUCCUUGAAUACA